AUGUGCAAUUGUGGAAGAACAGCUGCCAUACAUAUCGUAAAAACUAAUGAGAAUGGAAAUAAAGGGCGGUUGUUCUUUGUUUGCCCAUCAAAAUAUACUGAAAAUCCCAAUUGCAAUUACUUCAAGUUCGUGGCUGAAGAUGACGAAGAUGUGACUUCCACAAUCCGUUCCAACACUAGAGCUUCUGAUGGUGUUACAGUAGAAGACUUUAACGAGCUGAGGAGGAGGCUGUAUGACGUGGAAAAUGAACAUGGCGACUAUGGUCGAAGGCUUCGAAUGGUGGAAAAUAUUUUGAAGGCGAUGGUGUAUUUGAUUGUAUUUGCUUUACUUUUGUACUUUAUGAUGUAAUGUUAUUAUGGAUUUA